AUGGAAUCCCUUCUUAAGGGGUUUCAAGAAUUACCUAUAUUGGAAAAAGCAUCAAUUUCGAUCCAUUUAUCGUUAUUCAUAUUCUAUCUUUUAUUCAUAUCAGGUAAGUGGAUUUUGAGUAGUAUUGAUAGAGGGAAUUCAUUCAUCAAAGAAGACGGAUCAAAUGCCACUAGUAGACAACGGGGAGGAGAUGACUAUUCUGAUUCAAUUCACAAUAUUCAGAUUGGUACUGCAUUUAAGAUUACUGUUUGCUCUUGUUUCUAUGUUUUGUUUCUACAAGUAUUUGCCUUAGGGUUUGAUAUUACUAGUUUAAUUAGGGGAGGAGAUGAUAGAGAUGACUGGUCACUUAUAUACUUACCCAUAGCUCAAAUACUAGCUUGGUUUGUGUUAAGCUUCUCCGCAUUUCACUGUAAAUUCAAGGGGCUAGAGAAAUACCCAUUGUUGGUAAGAAUAUGGUGGUUAGUCACUUUUGUUAUCUGUUUGUGUUCACUAUAUGUUGAUGGUAAAGGAUUCUUUGUAAAUGGGUCUGAGAUUUUGAAUGUGCAUGUUGUGGAUAAUAUUGUCGCCACACCCGCCAUUGCGUUUCUAUGUUUCGUUGCGAUUCGAGGUGUUACUGGGAUACAAGUAUAUAGAAAUGCUGGUCUUCAAGAGCCAUUGCUGCCAGAGGAAGAAGCUGGUUGUCUUAAGGUUACUCCUUAUAGUGGGGCAGGAAUUUUUUGUCUAGCUACACUUUCAUGGUUGAACCCACUGCUAUCAACUGGUGCAAAAAGUCCUCUUGAGCUCAGGGAUAUUCCUCUUUUAGCACCAAAAGAUCGAUCAAAGACAUCUUUCAAGGUUUUAAACUCUAAUUGGGAGAAAUUGAAGGCUGAGAAUCCUUCUAAACAGCCCUCUUUGGCUUGGGCUAUAUUGAAAUCGUUCUGGAAGGAAGCUGCUUGUAACGCUGUAUUUGCUGGAUUGACUACUUUGGUUUCAUAUGUAGGCCCUUACAUGGUUCGCUAUUUUGUCGAUUAUUUAGGUGGGAUUCAAACUUUUCCUAAUGAGGGUUAUAUUUUAGCUGGAGUGUUCUUUAUUUCUAAGUUAGUGGAAACAUUAAGCACUAGGCAGUGGUACUUAGGGGUAGAUAUCUUGGGCAUGCAUGUAAGAGGAGCCUUAACAGCAAUGGUGUAUCGGAAAGGCCUCAGGCUCUCAAGCUCAGCCAGGCAGAGCCACACCAGUGGUGAGAUAGUAAAUUAUAUGGCGGUCGACGUGCAAAGAGUCGGUGAUUACUCGUGGUAUCUCCACGAUAUAUGGAUGCUUCCUAUGCAAAUUAUUCUUGCUUUAGCCAUUUUAUACAUAAAUGUCGGAAUUGCUGCAUUGGCGACCCUAGUUGCCACUAUUAUCUCCAUUGUGGUUACUGUUCCUCUUGCAAAAAUGCAAGAAGAUUAUCAAGACAAGUUGAUGACUGCCAAGGAUGAAAGGAUGAGGAAAACUUCUGAGUGUCUCAGGAAUAUGAGGAUUCUCAAGUUGCAAGCAUGGGAAGAUAGGUAUAGAUUGAUUCUGGAAGACAUGCGAAAUGUGGAAUUCAGGUGGCUAAGGAAGGCUCUUUACUCGCAAGCUUUUAUAACAUUCAUUUUCUGGGGUUCCCCCAUUUUUGUCUCUGUUGUUACUUUUGGUACAUCCAUACUGUUGGGUGGUCAACUCACAGCUGGAAGUGUUCUCUCCGCACUGGCUACAUUUCGAAUCCUUCAAGAACCACUUAGGAAUUUCCCGGAUUUGGUAUCAAUGAUGGCUCAAACAAAGGUAUCUUUGGACAGAAUUGCGGGUUUUCUGCAGGAGGAAGAGCUUCAAGGAGAUGCUACAAUUGUUCUUCCUAGAGGUGUUACGAAUAUGGCCAUAGAAAUUAAAGAUGGUGAAUUUUGCUGGGAUCCUUCCUGCACUAGGCCGACAUUAUCAGGUAUACAAAUGAGAGUGGAGAGUGGGAUGCGUGUUGCUGUUUGCGGCAUGGUUGGUGCUGGUAAAUCGAGCUUCCUCUCUUGCAUCCUCGGAGAGAUACCCAAAGUCUCUGGAGAAGUUAGAGUAUGUGGGUCUGCAGCUUAUGUUUCUCAGUCAGCUUGGAUACAAUCUGGCAACAUAGAGGACAACAUUCUGUUUGGGAGCCCAAUGAAUAAGGCAAAGUAUAAGAAUGUUCUCCAUGCUUGCUCUCUGAAAAAGGAUUUGGAACUUUUCUCACAUGGAGACCAGACCAUAAUUGGUGACAGAGGCAUAAACCUUAGUGGUGGCCAAAAACAAAGAGUGCAGCUCGCCAGGGCUCUCUAUCAGGAUGCGGACAUUUAUUUGCUUGAUGAUCCCUUCAGUGCUGUAGAUGCACACACUGGAUCAGAAUUAUUUAAGGAGUAUAUUAUGACAGCACUAGCCACAAAAACAGUGGUCUUUGUUACCCAUCAGGUUGAGUUUCUACCAGCUGCUGAUCUGAUACUGGUUCUGAGGGACGGCCAGAUCAUACAAGCUGGAAAAUAUGAUGAUCUUUUGCAAGCUGGUACAGAUUUCAAUGCAUUGGUUUGUGCCCACCAUGAAGCAAUUGGCUCUAUGGACAUUCCCAUGCAAACUUCAGAUGAUUCAGAUGAAAAUGUUUCUCAAGUGGGCUCUGUAGUCUUCAGUAAAAAAUGUGACUCAACAGCGAGUAAUCUAGAUAGUUUGGGAGAAGUCCGAGAGAAAGAAUCAGUUGCAGAUCGAAAAGCAAUGAAGGAAAAAAAGAAAGCAAAACGGUCGAGGAAAAAACAACUUGUUCAAGAAGAGGAACGGGAGAGAGGAAAGGUCAGCAUGAAGGUCUACUUGUCGUAUAUGGCUGCAGCAUAUAAAGGAUUGCUGGUUCCACUGAUUAUCCUUGCGCAAGUAUCAUUUCAAGUCCUCCAAAUAGCAAGCAACUGGUGGAUGGCUUGGGCAAAUCCACAAACCAAAGGAGACCAUCCUAAGACGAGUAAUAUGACCCUUCUUCUUGUUUAUAUGGCCCUUGCAUUCGGGAGCUCAUGGUUUGUUUUCAUUAGGGCUGUUCUGGUAGCUACAUUUGGUCUAGCAGCGGCACAGAAGUUGUUCAUAAAGAUGCUUAGAUGUGUCUUUAGGGCGCCAAUGUCUUUUUUCGACUCUACUCCAGCUGGAAGAAUAUUGAACCGAGUUUCUGUGGAUCAAAGUGUUGUGGAUCUUGAUAUUCCUUUCAGACUGGGUGGAUUUGCAUCUACGACAAUACAACUUCUCGGUAUAGUUGGUGUAAUGACAACAGUUACAUGGCAAGUCUUACUUCUUGUCAUCCCAAUGGCCAUCGCUUGCUUGUGGAUGCAGAAAUACUACAUGGCCUCGUCAAGGGAACUUGUUCGCAUUGUUAGCAUCCAGAAAUCUCCUAUUAUCCAUCUCUUUGGGGAAUCAAUCGCCGGAGCUGCUACAAUUAGAGGGUUUGGUCAAGAAAAACGAUUUAUGAAGAGGAACCUAUACCUUCUCGAUUGCUUCGCCCGUCCAUUCUUUUGCAGCAUUGCAGCCAUUGAAUGGCUCUGCUUGCGCAUGGAAUUACUUUCGACAUUUGUGUUUGCAUUCUGCAUGACUUUGCUUGUGAGUUUCCCGCAUGGAAGUAUUGAUCCAAGUAUGGCAGGUCUUGCCGUGACUUAUGGUCUUAAUUUGAACGCUCGGUUGUCAAGAUGGAUUCUUAGCUUUUGUAAGCUUGAAAACAAAAUCAUUUCCAUUGAGCGUAUUAAUCAGUACUGUCAAAUUACAAGUGAAGCUCCAUCGAUAAUUGAGAACUCUCGCCCUUCACCCUUAUGGCCAGAGAAUGGAACCAUCGAGCUUAUUGAUUUAAAGGUUCGCUACAAGGAGAACCUUCCGGUGGUCCUUCAUGGAGUAACUUGCACAUUUCCUGGUGCAAGGAAAAUCGGUAUUGUUGGGCGCACAGGAAGUGGGAAAUCAACUCUGAUCCAGGCUCUGUUCCGUUUGAUUGAACCAGCAGUUGGCAGGAUUAUCAUAGAUAACAUUGAUAUUUCAACGAUAGGUCUUCACGAUUUACGUAGCCGUUUAAGUAUCAUCCCUCAAGAUCCAACUUUGUUUGAAGGGACCAUUAGAGGCAAUCUUGAUCCCCUUGAAGAGCACUCAGAUCAAGAGGUUUGGCAGGCACUCGAUAAAUCUCAGCUUGGAGAGGUUAUCCGCCAAAAAGAGCAAAAGCUUGACACCCCUGUGCUGGAAAAUGGAGAUAAUUGGAGUGUUGGACAACGACAACUUGUUUCUUUGGGUAGAGCUUUGUUAAAACAAGCAAGGAUAUUAGUAUUAGAUGAGGCGACAGCCUCAGUUGAUACAAGCACAGAUAAUCUUAUCCAGAAAAUUAUCAGAACAGAGUUUAAAGACUGCACUGUUUGCACUAUUGCUCAUCGUAUUCCAACCGUUAUUGAUAGUGAUCUGGUUCUGGUCCUCAGUGAUGGUCGAGUUGCAGAGUUUGAUACUCCUGCGCGAUUAUUGGAGAACAAAUCAUCCAUGUUUUUGAAGCUGGUCUCAGAGUAUACUUCAAGGUCAAGUGGCAUGCCAGAUUUUUGAAUUCUAAUGGCAUGAUUAUUGACCACCAGGCUGAAAGCAUCAGAAGAAGGGUGAACAAACAACUCCGAGCAGAUUAUGGGAACGGGAUUGCUCCCACUAUCUGCUGCAGCAUUCAGCAGUUCAUGACAAGUUAUGAAGCGGAAAAAGGUGUAAGUUUGUCAUUAACUAACCAAUAGAGGAAAAUGAGUGUUGUGCCAAAACAUGGUUAUGGGGGUUUUGGGAAGUAAAACUGGUUAGAUACUAAUGAAACGGUUGGUGGGAGUGGGCUAAGAGGGUAGCAGUAGGCUUAACCAAUCUAGGGUUUUGUUGUGGUAGAAAUUGAAUGAUAAUAAUGUUUACAGGCAAAAGAAAUGAGCGGCUGAUUUCUGUUCAAAUUGGUGAAUAAAGCAGUUUUGACAUUAAAUAGAUACAGAGGAAUAGAGACGUUCUUCCUUUGCUUUUCUA